AUGUCGUUUAACGAUUACAUUGAUCUCCUGCCUGUGCUAAAUCCAUCGAUUGUACUGGAUGAAAGCAGCAAGUCGAAACUUUUGCGUCAUUUCCUCAGAGACGAAGGACAACGAAAGUUUGACGAUCUCAAUUUGCAAACGUGCUCUGCUGUCCAGUUUGCUUUAAAUACUUUGGACCGAACCGUAGGACCUCAACUGAAUGUGUUCACUGCCAGGCUUCGAUUCUCUCGCGUUAUUCAAGAAAAUGGAGAACUAUUGAAGCAGUUUGUUUCUCGAUUAAACCGAGCAGUCCGAUUUUGUGAGUACUCUAAGUUGCCUCAGAAGAAACUCGAAGGAUCUAUGUUUAUUCACAAAUUCAUUUCGGGAAUCAAAGACGAUCGAUUCCGAGAAUCACUCUUUAUAGAGGACGCAGAUAGAAUGACAUGGGAGAAGGCCUAA